AAGAGGAGGAGCCGCUCUCCUCUCACCUGCAAACAAAAACGAGCUGACGACGCUGAUGCAGUCGGGAGAGAGAGAAACUCGUCGUUUAAAAAGGAAGAGAAAGAGAACAAGUUCCAGAAAGUGAGUUCCAAGCGUCCAAUCCCGCGAGCGCCUGCUCGGAUGUGACCUCGCGACAGCAGGUAGCGUAUCGCCGAGAAGGUGGCGGUGCGUUUAAGGACCCCUGGUUGUACUUUGCCGGAGUUCGCGCCUUGAAAGAGCCUUCAAGUGCAUCGUUGUCAAACGUCGUAAUCCUUCGCUCCCUCCUUCUGGGUUAAAAUGGAGGCGACCAGAAACAACGUUCCUUUACACAUCCAGCUGCCGAGAGCCGAGGGAGUCAACGCCGAACGUUUUCCUCCCGAAAAAGGAGUUAGCGAGGAGCCGCGAGUAGAAGGCGACAACAUUCUGGCAGACGCUUCAAAGAUUUUUAAAGAGCAGCUUUUCCUCUCUGUGGACGAUGAAGAAGCUCCUCCAUUUUCUUCAUGCGUACACAUGGUGUCCAGACGUGAGCACGUCGCGGAGCACAAAGCGGUGCAGAUUGGGCACAUCGUCAGUGGCGUGACGAGUGACGCUACUGACGCGCCGCCGCCGCCGCCACCUUUGGAAGGACCCCCCGCGGCCAUCUUGGCACCCGACACCCUCGCCACGGACGCUCCCCUGUACUCCUGCAGCCUCAGUCCCAGCCACGUGUCUCUGGAGGUGGACAGCGAGGAGGACGAGACGGAGACAAGGAUGCAGCCACCGCCGCUCGACGGUGACGCCGGCCCGGCUUGCGGUCGCAGCCUCUCGACCUCUUCGGCGUGCGAACCAGUCCCCAAUAAGCUGAGUGAGUCGGCAACGCGGCUGCGCUCCUAUUCCUACUCGUCCGCCAAAAUCCCAUCGCGUCCCCCUCGCCUCGCCCGGGAUGCCUGCAGCCCAGAUGCCCCGCCCCACGGUGGCAGCCAUAGCCGAUCCCUCCUUCAGGCGCUCUCUCUGUCUAUAUCGCUCUCCCUGCUACACCCCGCUAAGCAAAGAGCCUCAGAGUCGCAGUCCCACGAGAAGAGGGAGUUUAGCUCCCGUCACAACGACGACGACGAGCCCGGUGCGGCGCCGGCGGGAUCCCUCCGACAUCUCACCUUAUCCGAGUUCCUCAAAGAGAUUGAAGAGGAGCAGCCUGACGUGUCCGGCGUCCCGACCAAGGCCGAUUCGGACAAGUACAAAGUCAUUCGCACCUUCAGUUUCCUCAAAAGCAAGAUGUCCAGUACGCGCAACAAGACCAAGGGCAAAGGGAAGGACCAAGAUAGUAAGGACAGACAAACAACCGCUGAGCACUUUUUCACCACCUCCUGUGUAUCUCCCACCACCACGUGCAUGGUGUGCGACAAGCCGGUGUUCGGGAAGGACCUUCUGCAUUGCGAAGCCUGCGCCGCCACAGUCCACAAGGCCUGCAAGGAGUCGAUCCCGCCGUGUUUUAAAAAGCUCCAGGAGAAGAACGCGCUGAUCUCGGCGAAGAGCAGGACGGCGUCCCUCCCGCAGAAUUUCACCAUGAGAGAGAGUCCUCCUCAAAACGCGACGCCACCGGUGGCCUCCGAGGAUCUGCCGCCCUGCGGUUCUUUCACUGGAAACGACGGCGAGAGCUCAGAGUCGGAGAUGGACACCGGGAAGGCAAGCUGUCGCUCAGAGGAGCUCCAGACCAUGUCCGCCACUGAUUGGACCCCGGUGGAAGACUGCAGCGACCUCGCCGCCGACGCCGGCGAUUACGAGGCCGAGUCGUGGAGUUCGACGGUGGAGCGCGACUUCUGCAAGAAGCAGGACAGGCUCGUUGUCAAGAGGCAGGACGUCAUCUACGAGCUGAUGCAGACGGAGCUUCACCACCUCCAGACGCUGCACGUCAUGGCGGCGGUGUUCCGCCGAGGCCUGCGAGAAGAGGUGCAGCUGGACGGGGAAGCGCUGGACCGCCUCUUCCCCUGCCUGGACCAGCUGCUAACGCUCCACCGCGCUUUCUUCGCCGACUUGAAGGAUCGGCGGCAGAGCUCGGCGCAGCCGCUGCAACCCAACAACUACCUCAUCCGGCGCGUAGGAGAUUUGCUGCUGCGACAGUUUUCAGACGAGAGCGGUGAGAAGAUGCGGCGCGUCUACGGGGAAUUCUGCAGCCGGCACAGCGAAGCUGUCGGCUUUUUCAAGGAGCUCCUGCAGAGCAACAAGCGGUUUCAGAACUUUGUCAAGCAACAAGGAGGUAACUCUCUGGUGCGACGGCGGGAGAUCCCAGAAUGCAUCUUACUGGUCACCCAAAGGAUCACCAAGUAUCCCGUCCUGUUGGACAGGAUCCUACAGUACACGCAAGAGGGCACAGCGGAACACGCCGACCUGUCGGCGACGCUGGCGCGCUUGCGCGAGCUGAUCGCCGGCGUGGACCUGCGGGUGAGCGAGCACGAGCAGCGGCGGCAGCUGCGCGACGUCUGGAGCCGCACGGAGAGCCGCAGCACGGCCAAGCUCAAGAACGGGCGCACGCUACGCAAGCAGGACAUGAUGGGCCAGACGCUCAAGCACCACGGCGCCCUCCUGUGGAAGACGGCCACUGGGAGACUCAAAGACGUCCUGGCUCUCCUGCUCACCGACUCCCUGGUCUUCCUUCAAGAGAAGGACCAGAAGUUCACCUUCGCCACCGUGGACCACAAGCCUCCCGUCGUCGCGCUGCAGAAGCUGAUCGUGCGCGAGGUGGCCAACGAGGAGCGCGGCAUGUUCCUCAUCAGCGCCUCGGCCGGUGGGCCCGAGAUGUACGAGGUCCACGCCGCUUCAAGAGAGGAACGCGACGCCUGGAUGAGGAUUGUCCGCCGGGCUGUGGAGAGCUGUCCCAAAGAAGAGGAGGAAUCCACGAGCGAGUCAGAAGAGGAGAAGCGUGUUGCUGAGGCUCGCUUUCAAAAGGUCCAGAAGUUCCAAGAGAGCCUGACAAGCCGGGACCAGCAGAUCUGCUCCAGCCUGGAGGAGAAGCUGCGGAUGUACGCCGCGGCGGGCGCGGCGCCCGGCGGGCCGCGGCUGCUCGUGCGGCCGCAGGCCGACGACCUGCCGCGGGCCGGCGUGCUGCUGGCCGCCGCCCUGGGCGAAGCCGAGAACCUGAAGCACACGCUGGAGUCCAGUUCCAGACGCAGCCGGGACUCGGGCGUACACUCGGCGUUGGUCGGAAGUCCCGUCACGCCUCCCGAACAGCCGUCCGACAGCGUAGCGGACCCCGAGAGCGUUCAGUUUACAUCGUCGACUCACUCACAAAGUGAUAACUUCAAGAUUGCUCGCAGUGUGCAGACCCUCACACAGCUGCUCUACAGUUUGCAGGCCGCGGUGACCAUCCAGGACAGCCGCUACGAGCUCCAGCGGUUCCUCCUCCGCGAAGCCCGGCUCCCGUCCCGGCGCCCGCCGAGCGCCCGCCCGGAGAACUGCAAGGAAGAUCCGGCGAGGGACCGGGAGCGCCAGGCCCGGGAGAGCGGCGUGGAGGAACGGGAGCGCCGGUGCCUCCUGCUGGCCGAGGAGCUGCGGCGCGAGCGCGAGGAGCUGGAGCGACGGCAAGAGGAGUACCGGAAGGAUCUGGAGAGGCUCCGGGAAGGCCAGAGGAGCACGGAGAGGGAGCGAGAGCGUCUGGAGAAGCACCGGAAGAUUCUCCACACCUGGAGGCACAGCCGGCAGAGGAGCCUGCCCGACGCCAUCAUCCCGCUGGAUGGGCAGCGGGUGGGCAUGGCUGAGAACUCAAGUGCGGGAAACGACUGCGUGUUUGCGAACGGGUCGCCUUCGUCCGGCGGAGGCCUCGUCACGACCGACAACGACCGCAAUGGAAGCGACGCGCCGUCGGCCACGUCCGACAGCAGGACGUCCGUCGUCCCCGACGCCUCCGCCCUUGGUCCCGACCUGUACGGGCGGCACCGGACGGCGGAGCGCGCUUUGUUCGAUCGGCGGCACACGGGCGAGGCCUGGUCGUCACCGGCGAGCGGAGACGGCAAAACCCGCCCGCCGCCGUUGCUAAACCCUGACCUUGGGUGGCCGGUUUCCAUGGAGACGGGCAGCGGCGCGAAGGUCCGAGAUGGAACUGUCGUGUACUUCUGAACACAGAUAAACCGUAAUGUCAAAAUUGUGGCGCUUGAAUGUGAUUACCUACGUGUGACAUAAUUUACAUUAUCAUUUGUCCUUGUCAAAUUUGUUAUUAUUAUUAUUAUUAUUAUUUCCAUCAUCCUCCCAGGCCCUAAAAAAAUUUUCAUUUAAAUCUAUUUAUUCAUUUUAAAUUAUUUUAUGAAAAUGUUGGUUAAUUUAUUGUAAAUAAAAUAUUUUAAAAAAUAUUAGCAAUUGCUUGUUAAUUGCUACUGUCGAUGAAAUAACACAAAUUCACCUUUAAAAAUAUUUCAAAAUAAUUGCAUAAUCGACUGAAUGAGCUGAGUGAAACUCAAAUGUGACGCUUGAGCACGCAGGUUUGUCCACGCCGCUGCUAAAAUGGCCUCCGACGACCACAACGACGAGACAUUUUCAGUCCGGCGGCGUGGACGGCGGACGUGCCGUUGCCAACGGCGACAGGUAGAGGAGCAGCAGGUGCGCGCAUACCAAUGACUUCCUGUCCGACAAGUAAGCGCAUCCGCGGCGGAACAAUCAACGCCUCCCGACUCAAGGUAACAUUUAGAGGUGUAAAAAUAAUACUAAAAAGCUUAAUAUAUAUAUAUAUAUAUAUUUGUUAUUAUGAGGCAGCAAAAAAGGUUUAGCGGCGGCAAUACACACCAUGAAGCUACUCAACUCAUGUCAACAUUGUCACUUGCCACCAGGGUUCAUUUUUCGGAACUUUGCACUCUUCGGAGGGUGGGGGGGUGACCGUAAUCAAACUAAAAUAGUCCCGCCCUCGGCGCGCUCGCCAUCCAUCACAUUUUAUUCCCUCCGUCGCCAUUAAAAAUCCGAUUAACCGUCCCGGUCCUUCUUUCCGAAGGCCCCGACGGAAUCUCAUUUCAUCACCUCAUCAAUUUUGAAGACUCCG